AUGCGUACCACCUGUGCUGUAUAUGGUUGUGCGUCAACGUCGUACUGUAACAAUAGUGGAGAAUUGCGUUUUCAUCAAUUUCCAAAGGAUAAGGAGAGAUGCCAAGCAUGGAUUAAAGCUUGCCAGAGACCUGAUUUGAAAGACAAAUGCUUUGAAAGUCUAAAAUAUCUAAAUGUAUGUAGCCUUCACUUCGAAAAAAAAAUGUACGCAAAAAUAAAUUUAAAAGUUACUGCUGUUCCAACUUUGAAUUUGCCUUCACCAGAUGUAUCUAUCAGCACACAAACAGACCCUUUAAUAAUUGUACUGACUAGCCGAAGUGUACAGGUUUCUGAAGCUAACGUAGGCACAUCUGUACAAUCUACAAAUACAAACUUUAAUGAAAGAUCUCAGGGAGACUAUGCAUCACAAACACCUGCAAAAUUAACUGAUCACACACCCAGGAAAAGAAAUCUUAGACAAAAAGUAGCGGAGCAUAAAAGAGAAGCAAAAAUAUUGAGUCGGAAAACAAAAGUACAUAUAUCGAAAAAGCAGUUCGAAACAGGUUGUGAUAUAUAUUUGAAUAAGAAUUUGAGCAGUAUUGUAAAGGCUCACAUCAAUCUUAAACCUCAUGGCAAGCGGAACAGAUACAGUAAAGAGUUUAAAUUGUUCGCUUUAAACAUGUAUUAUACGAGCCCACAGUGUUACAGAUUCUUGGCUAAAACUCUAUGUUUGCCUAGCAAAAACACUUUGAGCUCUAUGUAUAUUCCUAUGACAACUCAUAUUAAUGAACACAUGAGGGACGCGCUAUCGGCUACGGCAAAACUUAUGUCGCUAUCACAAAAAGAAUGUGUGAUGUGUAUGGAUGAAAUAAGCCUGAAAUAUUAUCUCGGUUACGACCUCAAGCAGGGCAGAAUUGUUGGAUCGCAUGAAGUAGACGGGCAGCAAAGGCCCCUCGCUGCUGAAUUUGCCUUCACAAUCAUGCUUCGAGGUAUUACAUCUAACUGGAAACAGCCUAUUGGGUUCGCGUUUAUUUCAUCGAGUGAAAUUGAUGGACAACUGGCUGAUUGGAUUAUGAAUAUCAUGAAAAACCUUUUCACGAUGGGUUUCCGAAUUAGGGCAUUAGUUUCAGAUCAAAGAUCCGAUUUUUUACAAUUUGCAAAAUCCAAAGGUAUUUCGAAAGAAAAGUCAUUCUUUAAAAUUGAUGGAAAAAAGAUCUAUUACAUCUUUGAUGUACGACAUAUAAUAAAAUGUAUACGAAAUAAUUUGAUAAAAAACAAUUUCGAAUACAACGGAAAGACCGUAUCUUGGGACGACAUACAAAUGUUGUAUAAUUUGGAGGUAAAAAAAGACAUGCGGUCUGUACCAAAACUAACGGAUGCCCAUAUAUUCCCCAAUAACUUUCAAAGGCAAAAAGUCCGAUUCGCGACUCAAGUCUUCAGUAAUUCAGUGGUUGCUGCAUUAGAGACAUAUGCUGCUUCAGGACAAAUAACACCAGCUAAUGGAACAGUUGAAUUUAUUAAAACAGUUGAUAAUUUAUUUGACUUGCUAAAUUCAAGCAACCUUCACUCUCGCAAACCGUACGGUAAACCGUUUCGAGGUGACAGUUCUGAGUUAGAAUUGUUGGACCAAGCUCAACAUAUUUUCAACAAUUUAAUAAUUAAAAACAAAAGAACUGGUAAGGACGUGACCAAUACGGUUAAAUUUACAAAAACAUUGAUUAUAACUAUGAAUUCAAUUCGCCAAAUGCUCGUCGAUAUGCAGAAUGAUGGCUACGUAUAUUUAUUUACAAGACGAUUAAACAAUGAUUGUUUAGAAAAUUUUUUUAGGUUAAUACGCCAAGCAAGUGGUAAUUGUCGUAAGCCCACAUGCCUCCAAUUUACAAGGGCUUUUCGCAAAAGUUAUUUUUGCCAGUUAAUGCAACUAUCUGACGGCAGAAACUGCUCAGAAGAUUUUGACAGCAUAUUAUUAAAAUAUAACAGUUUUUUUAAAAAAUAA